GUUGGGCGUUGGACUCCGCAUCUUAUUAGCGACCAGGGAGAGUUCUCCAUUUUCCUCUUGUCUACUGUACAGUCACAAAUCUGGGAUUUUUAUUACUUCCAUCAUUUGGGCUGAAUUUACAUCGCUCCGUGGUAUUUUGUGUAACUACAGACACAAGAGCGUGCACGAGCCCCGUAUGAAGUUGUGUGCUUGUAUUGGGCUUUUUUUUCCUGGAUUUAAGUCUGCCAGUGGAGUGUGUUAAAGCUGAGCUUUUGCAGCGUUCGUACCGUCUUUGUUUCUCCUGUUGGAUCUAAGAGAGGUUCUUUGUUGGAUAAGACAACAUGGGUGCCCAGCUCUCCAAGACCACCACGAAAGGAGACACAGUGGCCGAGAAGGCAGGAGAAGCUGGGUCUGCUUCACCCUCAAAGGCAAAUGGCCAGGAGAAUGGUCACGUGAAAGCCAAUGGCGAUGCCUCUCCAGCAGCUGCAGAAGCUGGAAAAGAUGAUGUUCAAGCAAAUGGUAGUGCACCAGCUGAAGAGAGUGCGAAGGACGAAUCAGCUGCUGCAGACCCUGCAGAGAAGGAGGGCUCUGAAAAGGAAAGUAUAGAACCAUCUUCUCCCACUGAAGCAGAAACUCCCAAGACAGAAGAUGGAGCUACACCUUCAACAAGCAAUGAAACUCCCAAAAAGAAAAAGAAGCGAUUCUCUUUUAAGAAGUCAUUCAAACUUAGUGGCUUUUCUCUAAGAAAAAACAAAAAAGAGACUGGGGAGGGUGCUGAGAAUGAAGGUGCAACUGCCUCUGGGGAGGCAGAAAAGGGGGAGGCCACUGCUGCCUCACCUGAUGCUACAAGCAAUGAAGAGAGUAAACCAGCUGCAGAAGAGGCACCUGCUGUUGAACCAGCUGGGACAGAAGAAACAAAAGAGGAAGCAAGUGGCACGCAGGAAGCCAAACCUGAAGAGACUGCACCAGAAAAGCCUGCUGAAGAAACAAAAGUAGCUGAUGAAAAGAAACCAGAAGAGAAGCCAGUAGAAGAGGAACCAACUGCCCCAGCACCCACUUCUGACGCUCCUGCUCCUGCACCUGAACCUGAAGCUGUAGAAGUGCCAAAAGCAGAGGAACCAGCAGCAGCAGAGACACAGGACACCCCUUCUGAGCCUAGUUCAGAUAAUCCACCACCUGCUGAGUCAACAGCAGAGUAACAUGGCUGUUAUUAAAGAACUAACUACUUGUUUGUUUGUUUGGAGUGGUGCCAGGUACUGGUUUGGAAAUCUUGUCUACAACCAAGGAUUGUUAUAUGGUUUUGUUUGACUUUUUUUUUCCCCUUUGUCCCCUCCUCCCUUCAGUCCCGUCCCAGACCACACAAAUUUAUAUUGCCAUUCCAGCAGAGACAAGCUUUUAAACCUUGUCUCUAGCCUUAUUGCCUUUUUUCAUCAGUAUUAUUUUUUUAAUGGUUUUGCAUCAUUUUAUUCAACUUGUAGACUCUCUUUUUUUUUUUUCUGUCAAAUAUAUGGACAUGCCCGUGGUAUUGAAGGAGCUGGGUGGGUUAUUCCUGAUUCAUUAGAUGAAGUGGUGGAUGGGGUCAUGGUGGAAGCGACACAUUCUGCUGAGAGUGUGCACAAGAUGCAAACUGAAGGGUUAGUCUUUGUCUUUCAAAACAAGAUUAACAGUGCUUUUCACAUGAACGGUUUAUGACACUAAGUCUUGACUAGGAGGAACAAAAAAACCCAUACUGGAUGGGGAAAAUCAUAGUUUUUAGAACUUCAUUUACAACCAUAGGAACUUCUCACUUAUCUCGUUAGCUGUACCAGUCAGUGAAAUAGUAGAAAUUCAAGUUGUAUAAUGCUUUGUUUAUUGCUGGUUUUAUGACCUUAAUAAAAGUGUAAUUAUGUAUUACCAGCAGGGUGUUUUUAACUGUGACUAUUGUAUAAAAGAAGUCUUGAUAUCAAGAAGCACAUACAUUUGCAACUUUUCCACCCUGCUCAUUUUGUAAAACUGCAGUCAGAUCUUUUAAGAGAGAGUGAAUUCACAUUUUAAAUUUCAAAGCUGUGAUAUGUGGAACGGUUACUGUUUGUACUUUUGUUUACAGCAGACAGUGCUUUUCCCCUCUGGUCAUCUUUUGACAGUUAAAGGAAAAAAAAAUCAGAUGCAAUGUUUUGUGUAGCAUCUCGUCAGUCCUGUUUUUGUAAAUACUGGGAAAGCUUUGAACAAUUUGACUUGGAGAUGGAAUGUAACUUUGCUUACAAAAAUUGCUAUUAUACUCCUGCUUAAGGUGUUCUAAUUUUCUGUGAGCACACUAAAAGCAAAAAAAUAAAUGUGAAUAAAAUGUA